AUGUCCGCCCUUCGACAAAUACACAAGAUCUUAAAAUGCUCCAACGUGGCUGCUAAAGUCCCUAGGAGUAUUGUCCCGAUCUUUAAUGCCAAAAGAUGUGUCGCCAACGUUUCAGCCGAUCACCCUUCGAUGUUUCCCGGGGCCAAGGCUCCAUUUGUAGCUGAACCUAAUUUUACUUUACCCUCGGACUACUCACCAAUACCCAUUUACAGGGUAAUGGAUGCCGAAGGAGUAGUCAAUCCUAGCCAAGAUCCCAAUUUAGAUCGUGACUAUGUAACGAAAAUGUUCCGAGACAUGGUUCUUUUGAAUACUAUGGAUAAGAUCUUAUACGAAUCCCAAAGGCAAGGUCGUAUCUCGUUCUAUAUGACCAAUUUUGGUGAAGAAGCAAGUCAUAUUGGAAGUGCCGCCGCCUUGGAGAACAGAGAUUGGAUCUAUGGGCAAUAUCGUGAGGCUGGCGUUUUAGUUUGGAGAGGCUUCAAAAUCGAACAAUUCAUUGACCAGUGCUACGGUAAUGCAGCCGACAUUGGAAGAGGCAAACAAAUGCCGGUCCAUUAUGGAUCAAAGGAUUUGAACUUCGUUACCAUCUCCAGUCCACUUUCCACCCAAAUGCCACAAGCCGUAGGAGCGGCCUAUGCAAUGAAACGUCGGCCAAAUAAUGACUCCGUUGUGGUCUGCUACUUCGGCGAAGGCGCCGCAUCCGAAGGUGAUGCUCAUGCUGCAUUCAAUUUCGCAGCAACUCUUAAUUGCCCCGUCAUUCUGUUUUGCCGUAACAAUGGAUUUGCCAUUUCAACUCCAUCAUAUGAACAAUACGGUGGUGAUGGCAUUGCUGCAAGGGGACCCGCCUAUGGAAUCGCUACCAUUCGUGUUGAUGGUACUGAUGUAUUUGCCGUCUACAAUGCCAUGAAGAAGGCUAGGGAAUAUGUUCUUCGCGAAAAUAAACCAGUUGUUUUUGAAGCAAUGGCCUAUCGUGUUGGUCACCACUCCACUUCUGAUGAUUCCACGGCAUACCGCUCUGCAGAGGAGAUUGAAAUUUGGAAUACAACAGAACACCCAAUAUCUAAGCUCAAGAAUUACAUGAUAAAGAAAGGUUGGUUCAACGAGGAAGAAGAAAGUGCCUUUGUUAAGGACGUACGAAAACAAGUUCUUAAACAAAUCUCCGUUUCGGAGAAAAAGCUUAAACCAAACUGGAGGGAGAUGUUCGAAGGUGUCUACGAUGAAAUGCCCCAACAUUUGAAAGAACAAUUGGAAGAGCUGGAAAAACAUGUAAAAGACCACCCCGACCACUACCCACUCAAAAACUUCCAAGCCUAA